UUUUGACCAUUCUCGAUUCUUUGCCUCAGUCAAACCAUCAAACCAUGGAAGAUCGGCCACGGCGUGCGACGCGCGGCAGCAGGCAGGAGCAGCGCGAAGGCGCCAUCGAGCGACUCAAGGCUGCACGAGCGGGAAAGUCCGGACUGCAAGUCGAGCUUCAAGAAAGCGUUUUCGAAGAAGUGGAUGACGAUCGCUCGCCCGGCCAGCGCAUGGACGAGGUCGACUUUGUUGUUGACGACGAUGGCAACGGCUAUGUUGAUCAGGGCGGUGAGUGGUGGGAACACGACGAAGAUGACGAAGACGGCUACGGCUCGGAAGAGAUGGAAGGGGCAAAUGCAAGCGACGAGGAUGCCCGCCCAUCCAAGUCUAGCAAGCGCGACAAGGCCAAAGGCGGGUCCUCCAAGUCCUCCUCCACUGCUGGCAAGGACAAGGCAGGCAAAAGUGCGAAUAAUGCGACCAGCAAGCCCCAGCCCGCGGGACCCAGUCGCAUUCACAAAAUGUUUGCAGCACAAGCGUCGGCGGUCAGCACGGGGCCUUCUGCGCGCGUCGGAGGCCAGAUGCUGGGCGGAGCCGAGUUGUCCGCAAACGGGGCUGUAGCCGCUGAUGUGGGCACCUCUCUCAAGCCAGAUGAGGACGCCUUGCUCACUGCAGUCAUGAGUGACACGGUGACGCCCGUCGCCAAACGCGUCAAACCCUCGGCCUCAACGUCUGCUGGCCGCCCCAAGCCAGGCGUGCCUGGCAGCAAAACCCGUGCCGCCCUUUCUGACAUUGCGCUCUUUGGAUCGGCCAAACAAACGGCUGCUGCAGCCGCUGAGGCGCCGGCAGUGUCUGCCCCUGCGGCUGCUGCUCGCCGAGUAGUGCAGCCAGCGCGACCAGCAGUUCGCAAGGUAGCCGCCCCGCCGUCUCGUGCCGAAGUUGCUGCCGUUGAAGCGCCGCAUGCAAUGCAAGUCGAUGACAAUAAUGUCGACGAGAGCGCCUCUCCCGCGAAGGAGGCCGACUUGUUUGAGGUCGAUGCAGUUGACGAGUCUUCCAUGGACUUUGGCGACAGCAUGGACAACGUUGACAUGGACCAACUGCUGCGAGCGGAAAAGCUUGCUUCGUCCAAAUCUGCGCGCGGCACUUCCCGCGCUGCUCCGCGAAUGCUUCGCGCCGUGGACGACGAUGAGCCUGCGGCUGCUCCAGUUGCCAAACCGGCCAACGCCACUGUCGUGUUCUCUUCCAGCGAUGCGUCCAUGAUGGACACGACUCCGGAUGUGAAAUCACGCGCGUCCGCCAUUCCGUCGCGUGCAAUUGCCACCGUCGCUUCUCCAGCUCAAGCAGCGCCUGCUCCAAAGCAAGCUGCACCCACAGUUGCGCUUGCAAGCGCUGCUACACCGCUGCAACUGCCCACAGUGUCCAGUUCGUCCUCUGCCCUUCCGCUCAAGACCGACGAGGCCGGUGUUCAAUACGUUCAAUUCUACUGGCUCGACGCAUACGAAGACAUGACCAUUUCGCCCGGUUUGAUUUAUCUCAUCGGCAAGGUCUGGUCUGAGACGGACAAGCGCCAUGUCAGCUGCUGCGUCGUCGUGCACAACAACGAGCGAAACAUCUUUAUUCUUCCUCGCGAACACGCGUUGGAUGCGAAUGGAAUUUCGACCGCUAAGGAAGUGACGAUUGAAGACGUCGAGGACGAACUUGACAACGUGCGCGCAAAGUACCGCAUCGAAGAGUGGCGCUCCAAGCCUGUUCAACGCUUGUAUGCCUUUGGCCUGCCUGGCGUCCCGGCUUACGCCACCUACAUCAAAGUCAAGUACUCUGCCGCGCUUCCGGCCCUCGCAGCUGCCGAUCAAUCCGGCAAAACGUACUCUCACAUUUUUGGCACGACCACAAGUUGCCUCGAGCGCUUUCUCGUCAAGCGCGCCUUGAUGGGCCCUUGCUGGCUCAAAGUUCCAUGUCGACCCAACAAUGGAGCGCCCGAAACGUGGUGCGCACUUGAAGCGAUCUGCGACAAUCCCAAGUCCAUUAGCAAGAUUGCGGCACGCGAUUUGCUGCCACCUCCUCUUGUGGUCUGCAGCCUGGCGAUGAAAACCAUCCUCAAUGCAUCCAAGCACAAACACGAGGUUGCAGUCGUCUCGCUCGUUUUGCACACAAACGUUUCCGCCGAGGGCGAGAUGCCGACGACUGGAUAUGAGCAUCUCACGCUUGUGGCCAAACCGGCCAACCGCACCCUUCCGUUUGGGUUUGCGAAUGCAUGCAAGACUGCAGGUUUCACACUCGAAUCGUGCGACUCGGAGCAGCUGUUGCUCAACCGAUUGAUGAAUACGAUCGGGCAGGCCGAUCCCGACAUGCUGAUUGGUCACAACUUUGUCGGAUUUGACCUCGAUGUGCUGCUGCAUCGCAUGCAGGAUCUGAGCGUCCGCACCUGGUCCAAACUCGGUCGCCUGCGACGAUCGCAGAUGCCGCGUCUCUCCAACCACCAUGGCUCGGACGCGUCGUUUGGCGAGCGCAUUGUCCUUUCUGGUCGGUUGACCGCGGACAUGUACUUGCAAGCCAAAGACCUCGUCAAGGCUCGAACCUACAUGCUGACCGAACUGGCGCUGCUGCAGCUGGGCGAAGAUCGGCCUGAACUGGACAUUGAAUCCAUCUCCCAGCGCUUUAACGACUCUGCCGAACUGAUUCAGCUGUGUCGAUUGUGCGAAAAGGACGCCGUCCUCUCCGUUCGCCUGGCUGCCAAGAUGAUGGUCAUUCCGCUGACGCGUCAACUGACAAACAUUGCCGGCAAUCUGUGGUCGCGCACGCUGCUCGGCGGUCGUGCAGAGCGCAACGAGUUUUACCUGCUGCACGAAUUCUCCCGUCCCACGGUCUGGGAAGCCAAUCGCAAGUUUAUUCCGCCAGACAAGAUUUACGCGAGCCAGGUGCGCAAGGCGGCUGCGGCGGCUGCAGCGGCUGCAGCGGGCAAAGGCAAUCGUGGCAAAGCUGCUGCUGCAGCGGCGGACGAAGGAAUGGACGAAGACGACCAAGGCCCGUCUGAUCCGGCAUCCACCGCGGCCGGUGGAGGUGCAGCGGCCGGUGCAUUCAAGAAGCGCAAGAAGGCCGCGUACGCUGGUGGUCUUGUGCUCGAGCCAAAGAAGGGCUUUUACGACCGGUACAUUUUGCUUCUCGAUUUCAACUCGCUGUAUCCGUCCAUCAUUAUGGAGUACAACAUUUGCUUCACCACGGUGGACAAGCCGCAGCCAGUGUCAGACCCGACAGGCCUGGAGGAUGGCAAUGGCCAGCCGCUGAUGAUUACACCUCCCGCUGAACUCCCUGCAAAGACUCGCAAGGAUGGAUUGCUGCCCCGUGUCUUGAGCCGUCUCGUGCAGCAACGUGCCUUGGCCAAGAAGGAGAUGGCCAAUCACCCCGAGCAAAAGCAGCAGUGGGACAUUCGUCAGCGUGCCCUCAAGCUCACGGCCAACUCGAUGUACGGCUGCCUCGGCUUUACCAACUCUCGCUUUUACGCCAAGCAUCUUGCCGAGCUCAUCACGGGACGCGGUCGUGACAUUUUGCAGUCAACGGUGGAUUUGGUGCAGCAGCAACUCAACCUAGAGGUCAUUUACGGUGAUACAGAUUCAAUCAUGAUUAACACUCAAUCUAUACACUUGCCAGAUGUGCUGGAAGUGGGACAGCGAGUCAAAAAGCAAGUCAACGACCGCUACAAGCAGCUUGUGAUUGAAAUGGACGGCAUCUUCAAGUCCAUGCUGCUGCUGAAAAAGAAAAAGUACGCGGCCCUGUCUGUGCAUCUGAAGGACGGCGCGGUGGAAAUGGUCAACGGAGCGCCGCGCGUUUCCCGAGAAACCAAGGGUCUGGAUAUUGUGCGUCGUGACUGGUGCGACUUGGCCCACGACGCGGGUAACUUUGUGCUCAACCAGAUUCUCAGCGACAACAAUGCCGCAUCAAUUGAUGACGCUGCUGAAGGCGUCUUGUCGAAGGACGCUCUGGUCGAGCGCAUUCGCACCUAUCUGUUGCAGCUGGCCGCCGACGUGCGAACCGGCAAGACUCUGCUGAACAAGUUUGUCAUCAACAAGGGCUUGACCAAAAAUCCCGAAGAGUACGCGGACAAGAAGAGCCAGCCGCACGUCCAAGUUGCCCUGCGCCUAAAGGAACAAGGCAAAGCCGUGCGUGCAGGCGACACAGUCCCCUACGUUAUCUGCAGCGGUAGCCAGGAAUUGGGCCCGGCAGACCGCGCCUAUCACCCAGAUGAGAUUCUGCGCGCGUUUUCUCGCGCCAUUGCCGCGCAAGCACAGCUCCCGUCUGACGCACCGCUCCCUCAGCUGGACAUUCAAACGGCAACAUCUGCGGUACCGGCUAGCGCGAUUGCGUGUGAGCUCAAUGUCGAUGUCGAGUGGUAUCUCAAGUACCAGGUCCAUCCCGUCAUCUCGCGCCUGUGCGAUCCGAUUGAGGGCACCAGCGCCGCGCUCAUCGCCGAGUACCUUGGCCUGGAUACGACCCCCUACACCCAUCGGACCUCCAGCAACGGGAUGGCUUGCCCAAGGCCCAACUGCACGGGCGAGUUCCGUGCCGUUUCUGUGAUGAAUCGCUUGACAAUCAUGAUGCGAGGAUUUAUCGAUGAGUAUUAUCAGGGCUGGAUGAAGUGUGACGAUGCAGCAUGCCAACAGCAGCGCACCCGCCAAUUGUCUGUGAAUGGCCGAAAGUGUCUCAACCCCGGCUGCAAGGGCACCAUGCGUCUUGAGAAUACCGAUACAAAGCUGUACACUCAGCUGUUGUACUUCCAGCGACUGUUUGACUUGCAGCGCGCCUUCCAGAAGAUUGAAGAUUCCGAGCAGCGAGCGUUGGCCGUGCGCAUGAUUGAGCCCUACCGCGCGGACAUUGUUCGCGUGCAUCAGCAUGUCAAUGCCACUUUCAACAAGUCCGCCCGACAAUUUGUGAAUUUGCGCUCGCUGUUCUCGUUCUUGCGAGGCCCCACAGGUGUCUCGAGCAAGCCCGGCAAGUGA